ACUUGAAAUUGCUAUCAUGAUUAUCUACUUAUUUAUCAUGGAGAAGGUAAGCUGAUAGAGAAUAGCUGACUCGAGAUCAUGUCGGCCUCUCGGAAGCGCCGAGAGUCACGAGUCAGCUGAAUGCCAAUCACCAGACAACAACGUACAUAUCCUCUCCCCCCUCCAGCCUCCAUCCCUCCUGCACCUUUCAAAAUAUCCAAUAGCUCUCGCCACUCCAUAUUUCUUUUUCUUCAUACAACGUCCUUGCAGAAGAGAAAGGCAGGGCAUACGCAGGCAAGAUGGUCAUUCUAGGGGGGCUCGAGCUCGUUGCAGCGGGCUACCUCAUGCACCAGCACAACAAGAACAAGAAGGAUCGGCAGCGCAUCGAUGAGGCCGCUUUGGCGCUCGAGGAGCAAGGGUAUCCUCUGCAAGAAGAUGGAUCGCAUCGCCGACAUCACCGACGACAUUCGCAUGAUCGGCGAUAUGAGGGGAGCCACUCAUAUGAUAGGGAGGGGAAACAUAGACGGCAUCGAAGUGAGAGUCGAGACGGGAGACAUCGGCGGGAGAAAGAGGAAUACGUGCCUCGUCCUGGGAACAGCAGCGCCCAGGUGCCAAUGCCCGUUCCUGCGGCUACGGCUAUGUACGCACAGGGAGGAAGGCACAGCGCGCCUCCUGCACAAAGACCAAUUCCACCGCAGGGACAAGCACAAUACCCACCGACGGGCUGGCCGCAACAUUGGCCUCAAACCCAAAUUCCUCCUCCACCGCCAAACCCCCCGCAAAGCCAAGCAGCGCCUGUAAUGACCAGUAAUGGCUACCCGGCGGAUGUCAAAUAUGGUUUCGAUCCCUCCAUCCCACACGAACAGUACCCGCAGCCCCCCGCAUACCAGUCAUCAUCUUCUUCAUCUCAGCCAAAUUUAGCACCACCGCAGGCGAAUAUGGGCGCGCCUCGGGAUAGCAGGCCGGAGAGGAGAGGCCGAGGAAGAUCGAAUACACAAAGGAGCGUGAGCCCAAAUCUGGGACUGUAUGACGAGAAUGAGGAGGGUGCGGAUGUCUGCCCCUAGGGGAUGUAUGGUAAGGAUGAAGUGAUGAGCGAUGAUUUUUGUUGGUGUUUUUGGAUCGUGUGGAGUCAUGGGAUCAUGCAGCUGAUUCUAGGGGCGUUUGAUUGAGUGAUAACUGAUGAUAAAUAUACCGUUCUC